AUGGCUUUCACUAAUCCUGAAAUAAACCCAAUGCUGUUUGUACUCAGUAGGCUUUGGCCACUCUAUUCCCCUCCUCCCUCCACUUUGAGUGUCAGUUGUAAAUUGCUUGACAAAUACUCUGUUUCAUGCUCCCCACCGCUGGCUUGCAACACCUUUAAAGAUUCAAAAGAGACAGAAAAGCUAAAAAGGCAACAGAGUGCAGGUGGAGAGGCCAUGAAUGAAAACAAAUUUCUGAACACAGACUCCAGCACAGGAUCAGUGGAAACAACUGUCAAGCCGUUACCAUUUAAAGAUCCAAACUUCAUCCACUCCGGCAUUGGUGGAGCAGCAGCUGGCAAGAAGAACAGAACUUGGAAGAACCUAAAACAAAUUCUUGCUUCUGAAAGGGCAUUGCCAUGGCAACUAAAUGAUCCUAGCUAUUUUAAUAUUGAUGCUCCUCCUUCUUUUAAGCCUGCCAAGAAAUAUUCGGACAUUUCAGGACUUCCGGCAAAUUACACAGAUCCCCAGAGCAAGCUGAGAUUUAGUACUAUUGAAGAAUUUGCCUAUAUUCGGAUGCUCCCUUCAGAUGUGGUUACAGGAUACCUGGCUCUAAGGAAAGCAACAAGUAUUGUUUCCUGA